UCCAGCUCAGCCCAGCCCAGCUCAGCUCAGCUCAGCCCACCCCGCCCGCCGCUGCAGCCAUGGAGGACCCCGAGUCCGAGGGGGCCGCCCCACCGCCCGGGCUGAGCUCGCUGCUCCCCCCACGGGAGUUCCUGCGCUCCCGCAAGGGGCAGCUGCUGCUCGCAGAGUCGGUGCUGUCAUUUAUCAUCUUUAUCUGCUAUAUUGCAUCUCUAGCAGCUUCUUUCAUGAUGGCACCACUCCUAGAGUUUCUGCUGGCACUGUUUCUUUUUUUUGCCUACGCCUCCAAGCUUAAUGAGAAGUUUAAAGGAGUCCACUGGCCUUUGGCGGAUUUCUUGCGCUGCGUCACUGCUGCCAUUAUUUACUUUGCCAUUUCAAUUGCUGCUGUCUCAAAAUACAGCGAUGGAGCAUCUAAAGCAGCAGGGGUGUUUGGGUUUGCAGCCACCAUCGUAUUUGCUGUUGACUUCUACAUAACCUUCAAUGACCUGGUCACCUUCCUCAAGCAAGGCAGCUCGGAUUCCCCCGAGGGGCGCAAGGCAGAAGAUGAGGACUCCGACUCUGACUCAGACUGAAAAACCAAACACCGACCAAGCGUGAAGGGAAGAUGAUCAAGCACUUUCCUCUUUGCUGAAUGCACUGCCAAUUGAAAUAUCCUCUCAUUUCAGCCCCUUUCCACCUCACAGAGCACAGAGAGGGCAGUGAUGUGGAAAAGGAGACUAUUCCCAGUGCCAUGAAACACUCCUUGACAUCCUACAGUAGAUCUGGCCAAACAACACAGCUCAAUUCUCUGUUGCCCCUCAGCACUCAGCACAUCCAUGUCCUGAGUAAAUGGGAGCAGCAUUUUUAACAUUUACAGCUUUGAAUGUGCUUUCAUUAUUCCAAACCUUUAAGGCAUAGAGCUUUUAUACUUCUUGACAUGCCAAGGAAGAGAGGUUUGGAUGCCUCUGUUUGUAUUUUUCUUGAUUAACUAACAGUAUUUCUUUAUCUGAAGUCUGAGGCAUGGAUUACAGCUAACAUGUUGGUUUCAAUACCUUUAUAUCCCCUGUGUAUCUGUGACAAGGAAAAGUGACAAGUGGAAAUUUGCAGCAAGAGCAAACCUCAAAGUGUAAUGGUGCUGCAGGGCAGCUGGCUCAUCAGACAUUCAGUAUCCCUUGUUUUAAGCUGCUUGGAUGGAGUCACAUCCCCUCUGCUGGAAUUUCACCACAGGAUGGGGUGGAAGAGGUGAGGCAGCUCUGGGCAGCCCUGUCCUGGUUUUGUGGAAGCCCCUGUGAGUGUUUGCACAGCAGGAUCUGCCUGGUGAAACCUGCAGGUGUUUGUGGCCCAGGCACCAGUGUUGAUGUCCUGCUCUGUGCUGAGGCCACUGGUUCUGCCGUGACACCAGUGCUGGACUUGUGCCUCUGGCACUGCCACACUGAGGGUGCCCAGGCCCCAGGAGGGCAGUGCCUCCUCCCCACUGUGAAAAGGCCAAGAAACCAACCUCAAACUACAGAAUGUCUGCAAUGAAUUCAUCUCCCCAGCCCUCUUUUUUCAGUGUGGGUUGGGUUGGAUUUUUGCCCCUGGAAGGAUGUGAUUUAUCUUGCGCUGUUGUAUUCCAGGGGAAAAGCCCUCUGAAUGUACAAGCUGUUUUCACAGGUAGCACGAUCUACCUUGGAAUGUUUGUGUCCAUUUAUAAGUACUUGGAAAUGCUUGGGAAGAUGCUUGGCAUGCUCCUCACAGAUGGCAUCAGACAGAUCUGUGGCAAAGAAACCUGCAUGGAUUUUUUAAAAAUGAAUACAGUACCAGAACAGGUGUGAUUAAAAUGAGAGCAGAUGGUACUAACAGAGUAAGUGAAAAACAGAGAUAAAACGAUAAAGGCAGAUUUCCUGUGGAAUGAAAUCAGCACCUGGGUUCCAGUUCCCUGUGGCAGCUGCCAGCAGGACAGGGAGCUGGCAGGGAGCAGGUGGUGCUGGUCAGGCUCAGAGUUGUCCAGCAGGCAGCUCCUACAUCUCUUGCUUCCUGACCACUGACAGACUAAAUGCAAAACAAGUGGUUGCUUCUAAAUGUGGCAGGUUAUCUUUGAUUUAUGAGAAAGAUCUCUUUGGACCUUUUCCUGUACAAAAGCCUGUAUUUCUUUCCCUUCUCUUGUCAUAUUUUACUGGCACACACUGUGAUGUUCAGGGGACCUGGGCUCAUUUUUAUACUCGUUUUGUAUUUCUCUUUUUUCUUUUUAAAAGUAAAAAAUGUACUGCAUGUCACAGCUGGAUACAUGGUUAAUAUUUAGAAACCAUGCUGGAUUAAACCUCUUUUAAUAGAA